AUUCGACUCAUACGCCUGCAUCCAGGUGGAUUCAACGAUUGUAUACGUUGUACGAUUUACCAUGCCAGUAUACCCGAAAACCCACCUCAAGCAGAGUACAUUGCAUUGUCAUACGUGUGGGGCGACCCAAGAAAGACAGAACCUAUCCGACUUGGGGCGGAUUUCUAUAAAUCAUUCCAAAUAACAACGAACCUAUAUACAGCAUUACGAUAUCUACGAGACCGUGAUUCGGAGCGCAUACUCUGGGUCGACGCCAUUUGUAUCAACCAGUCAGAUGAGGAAGAACGUUUUUCACAAGUGAGAAAAAUGGGCUUUGUGUAUAAAAUGGCCGCGGAGGUACGCAUUUGGCUGGGC